ACAUCUGUGUUGAGAGUAGACGGUCUGUUCAGUCCGAGCCGCAGCCUGUUAAGCAUCCGAAACGCGUACUCUUACGUCACACUAUUUACGUCACAAUAUUUAUAUUUUCACGCAUGCUAAAACAUUCAAACCUGAAGAUUUGAAUAUCCCAGCCCGCAAACGAACCGUUAAACGUGUACACGCGCUGGCCUUUCACGAUAGGACUACAUCUCCCAGUACAAUGAAAGGCCGAGUAAUCGAGUGCUGAGGUCAUCGCUCCGCUCAUUUCGCCUACUCUCAAAAUUUUCCCAGCAGUUGCAUCCUGUGUACCAGCUCAACAGCUACCAUUAGCAAAUAAGGCAGCUAUAAGUCAUUGUUUUCAGGGAAGAAACGUUUUAACGAUGUCAGAGGCUACUCGUUUUUAUUAAACAAGGACUAACUAAGGGGAUUAUAUUACGGUUUUUCCGCGUUAACGACGCCCGUGGAAGAAAAUAUCCCUAUAGAAAGUCUUUUUUUUUUUUCAUUUCGACCGUGUAGCUGAACGGCUUCUGUCUUGACGAGCGGAAAGCUCCGCUAUUCUUUCUCUCGUACCGCUGGCGGUUGGGACUAAGUCGGUCAGAUGUUGGACAGUAACAAAAAACCUCGGACCUUAAACGAUCUUACGCCGAGUUUUAAAGCGGAGUUGUCGAACUGAAGCGUUUGUUGUGGAAAACGGAGGGUCUAUUUAUAAGAGUUGGAUUCGCACCAAACGGAAGGAGGAGUAGGGGGCGUUUGGAGAAGACCCAGAGGAAAGAAAGGGACGUAGGGGCAGAAGAAAAAAACCUUACUUCCAGUGAUGGCAAACGAGCCGAUCAUCUUGAAUGUUUAUGAUAUGUUCUCUUGUAAACCACCCUGAUGUGAAACCACAGGUGGAUGUGAAAUUUCACCCUGCAGACGCUGUGCCUGGAGGCUGCAUGUACAUGUCUGGCUUUAGGAAUAAGACAGAGGUCAGACUUGAGUCAUUAUGUUGUCACCAUGCAGAGGUUGAGUCAGAGUGAUUGGUACUGGAUCAAUGAGUUCACCAGCUCUCUGGGCAUCGGGGUGUUUCACUCAGGGAUCGAGGUCUACGGCCGAGAGUUUGCCUACGGCGGACACCCCUACCCGUUCUCAGGGAUCUUUGAGAUUACACCGGGGGAUGCAACUGAACUGGGCGACACCUUUAAGUUCAAAGAAGCCAUCGUCCUGGGCAGCACCGACUUCACAGAGGAGGACGUGGAGAAGAUCGUGGAGGAGAUGGGGAAGGAGUACAAAGGCAACGCCUACCACCUCAUGCACAAGAACUGCAACCACUUCUCCUCAGCACUGUCAGAGAUCCUGUGUGGCAGGGAGAUCCCCCGAUGGGUCAACCGUCUGGCCUACUUCAGCUCCUGCGUGGCAUUCCUCCAGAGCUGCCUGCCCAAAGAGUGGCUAACUCCGGCUGCCCUGCAGUCCAGCGUCAGCCAGGAGCUCCACGGGGGGGCGGGGGAGCUGGAGGAGGCCGAGGACGCCGCCACCGCCUGCCUGUCUCCCUGCUCACCCUCGCCUCCCUCCUCCAGCCCGUCCACCGCUUUUCCGCAUCAUUCCCGCUACCAGCCGCGUAGGUAGGGGAUGCCGGUAAUUCCAGCUGGCAAACGCAGACCUGGACAAAAGGUUGGGAAACAGAAAAGCCGGCGCGCAGCGGCUGUGGAGUCAGCCUGCCUCUGAGCAAGGCACUGAACAGCAUCAUCCAAAUCUGGGCAACGACCAGGAGAAACUGGAAUGGCUCAUCAACGUCUGCCACUGACAAAGGCAGAGCCCCGCCCACAUCCUGCCUCCCCACUCAGGAUGAAGGCAGGGUCACUGUUUAACCAAAGUAAAAAAAGAACCUGCAGUCCCGGCCAUGUCCAGAAGAUGGAGCCCAAACUGAUGACUCCGCCUUAAGAACUUCCUGUUUCCCAGCAUUUCCCCGUCUUGUGUACUUGUUUAACAAACUGUAUGACUUUGAAGUACAGUAUUUUUUCCGCGGUUAUCUUCGUUUGGACCUACGUCAGAUGCCACUGCGGAGAUGGAGUGACAUCACGUCUCAGUGCUAGCUGUAGCUGACCUUCGGCUGCUAAAUGUCCUGCAGCAGCUCCAGUGGAGACAUUUCCAGAUGGUUUCAGUUGGUUGAGUUCAGAACUCUGAAUACGUUUGACUCUAAGUACUGUGUCUGCUCAGAACCUCAGGUUUGUGUUUGUUUUCUCUCGGCAAAAGACGGAUGUCAGUCGACGCUACUGUGAAAGUAAGAUUUCUUACCAUUUUUUUUUUUUUUUUGUCCAAACAUUGGGUUCAGUUCAGUGAAAGUUUACAGUCAAACUCUGGAGACUGUACAGUAUGUACUGUAGGUAGUACUACUCAAUCCACAAGAAAUACUUCUAGAUCAGCCACACUUUACACCCCCUCAUGGAACAUCAGUAAAACUGCAUUGACAGUUUUAUUCAGUUUCGCCCCCAGGUGGACAAAUGUGGCAUUACAGUGUCCAUAAAUUGUGGUUUUGGAGUCUGUAGUUUUGCUCAGCACCUAUUGAUGCCUCUGUGCCUGCAUUCACGUAGUGCAGUGGACACUGUAGAAAUAAUCUGGGUAAUUCUACAGAAACGACGGGGAAGGCAGUGGCAGAAAGGUCCAAAUAAGUUUGUCUGAGUCUCAGAGUAAGAUAGUGAAGAUUUCUGAACAACUGCUAAGGUUCCUUUGAGCAAGGUACUUCCUGGAAGGCUGUGGUCAUGCUGUGAGGUCUGGUUUGGUGCCACAGGUCUCGAGAACGAGUUAGUGCUAAACGCGGGGGGUUGGACGUUGUCUACAGUUGUGACCUUGAAGAAGAAGGAACACUAGAGGGAGCCCUUUACUCGGGGCUUCACUGGUGUCUCCAGUCUUUGGUUUUGUUCGACCACAGUCGUUGGUGUCCACAUUUUUUUGCAGGAUGAAUGUUGUCGAUCCUCCUCAAAUCUGUUUCAAAGGAGCCCCCGCCCCUUACUUUGGGACCCACUGCCCUUAAAUCACUCGCAUUUGUCCAGAUACGUGGACGUAAAAGUAAAACACAUUCACAGAAAAUCCUGAUCAUUAUCCUGCCAUCGUGACCUUCUUAAAUAUUAACUUUUUUUUAAAGACAAAUUAGUUUGAAGUAAAGAGCGCCCCCUACAAUCAGACUCUGUCACCGCCGUUAACACCCUCGUCUGUGCUGCAGAGACGUUUUCUGAACGUGAACGUGGCGUCGCUCGCAGCCUUUGCUGGAGAACUUUUUGCAGUUGAUUUUUUUUAAUGUUAAUAUUCAGUGAUAUUUCUAUAGACUCUGGCCUUUUUUGUCUGUCUAUGUCUGACCAACUCAGGACUCGGAAAGACUUUGGAAUAUACAUUAGUAUAUUAGUAUGUAUAUAUAUAUGUAUACGUAUAUAUAUAUAUAUACAUGUAUGUAUAUAUAUAUGUAUAUAUGUAUAUAUAUACUUUUAAAGUUCCUUUAAAAGUUUUUAAUCCCAGAUGUGUGGUGUUUUCUGAAGCAGUCGUCACUUUUCUACUCCCCUCUCUUUGAUAGAAACACAUGAGCUUUUGUUUACAACCAGGAUGUUUAUACAUGAGACUGUGCUGCAAUAUUUGUCUGUGUGUGUGCAUGUGUGUGUGAGUGUUUGAAAAGGUCAACAACAAACAGAUUCCAUCGACUUAAAUGUACAAUGUUUCCAGUGAAGAUGAUAAACCUGAAAUUUUAAAUAUUUAAAUUUUUAUUUUAUUUAAAACAUAAAUCCAAUGAAAGACGAAAUUUGUCGUUAACGUAAAUCCGGUCGUCGAACAAAAGGACAGAAAAGAUUUUCUGUGUUUUCAUCGACAAAGACGAUGAUGUGUGAAACCCACUCCCAAAUGCUUUUAAUUCAGAGCAGAGUCAGGGUCAAGAGGUCAUACAUUUAACAUCAUGGGCAGAUUAUCUAUUAACAAAGUAGGUUAAUAGUUAGCCUAAGAUUAAGUAGAAAGGAUGGGUCAAGGUCGCCACCUCAUGGAGAACUUUACAAGAGAACUGUGUUUGACAUAUAAAAGUCUCUGUCACGUCUACAGCUCAUAAUAUUAUGAGAACGUUUAACAAGUCAAGAAGAAAAAUGGUCAGUGUGUGUGAAGGUCAGUGGCAGAAAGUGCUGCUGAAUGUGCAUGACCACCGACAUAACAGAAAAAAAUAAAAGUGAAAACAUAGAAAGUCUUUGUUUUCAGGUUGUCCUUCUGCAAAAAAGUGAAAUUAAAUGACCAAAACACUCAUUUUAUUUUUUAUUUGGGUUUUAAAAAAUGUGUUCCAAUAUUUCUCUGAAUUGACUUUGUCUUUGAAAUUGUUUUUAAUUUAUUUAUCCCUGGCUGCAGUAGACUUCAUUACUUUGUUAUUAAUGCACAACAAUCCAAACAGAAAUAAUUGUUUUAAAUCACAAUGUACAAAAAUGACAUUUCACCAGAAACCAGCAAAGAAGUUUGAUUCAGUGAGAU